AUGGCUUUUCGAUUUAACUGGCAAACGUUUGACCCUCAAUUCUGCCAAGUGGCUAGAAUCCAGUUGGAGGCAGCAUUGAAUAAAGGCAAUAAGCCAAAAAAUAUAGUAGAUUAUAUCAGUGUAAAAGAGCUGAAUAUGGGGACAAUCGCACCUGAACUGGAGGUCUUGGAGAUUGGUGAGCUAACAACGGAUAGUUUUCGUGGUAUGUUCAAAUUAACCUAUAACGGAAAUGCUUAUAUAGUCAUUCAAACAAAAAUUCAGGCAAAUUCACUACAUACAAAGCAGCAAUUUAAAGCAUCCCAUCAUACCAGGCCCAACAUAUUGGCAGCAGAUCAACCAUUGAUAGUACCAAUGCUUUUAAAAAUAAGUCAUUUGAAGUUACGUGGUAUCAUUUUCCUUGUUGUCUCAAAAACGAAAGGCGUAACUCUAGUGUUCAAGAAUGACCCUUUGGAAAGCGUAUUCGUUAGCUCAACAUUUGAUAGUGUAGCAAGUGUACGGGGCUUUCUUCAGCUUGAAAUCGAAAAACAAUUGCGUAAUCUAUUUCAAGAAGGCCUGCCAAUUAUGAUACAUAAUCUCAGUCAGCGAUACAUU